CGAAGCACAAACGCGUAAAGACUCCAAAUAGUUCUUCAUUAUUCCAAACGCUAAUUAUAGCAACUUUAUCAAUUUGAAAAAAUGAAUGAUUUCUUUUCCUUUUCGAUUGAUACAUUCCGUACGAUCUUGUGUUCAUAACACUGCAUAACACUCGACUGCACAUCGGACUGUUGGACACUGUUGGACGAAACGAAUAACAAUCAACGAAACAAACAUGAUUGUUCGAAAAACGUUCAAUUCACUUAUUCUCCCUAGUUUAAGGUGUAAUUCAGCAGGCACAGUUCAGUUUUACAGUGUAUUCCCAAAGAAUUACAUGCCACCGGUAUUUAAGAAAGAUGAAUUAGAACAAAUAUAUGAAGAAGAAAAGAACGAGGAAUUGGCUCAUGUACCUAUAAGACCAGCCACAAAUACAGACACCUGCUCUGAAUUUCAUGAUCCGCUAGUCAAGAAAUUUACAAACUGUCUUAUGAGAUGGGGUAAAAAGGAACUGACCAGGAAGAUAAUGGACAGAACAUUUGAGAAUAUUAAAAUAGCACAAUUACAGAAAUAUUAUAGCGUUCCACCCAUGGACAGGAAUGAAAUUAUAUUAGACCCAAAAGAGAUCUUACAUCGUGCCGUGGACAACUGUACACCUGUCUUGGAGUUAACAAAAAUAAUGAGAGGUGGAAUUCCUUAUCAGGUCCCAGUACCGAUGAGGGAUGUUAGAGCCAGACAUUUGGCUAUAACCUGGAUAAUCAAAAGUGCAAAAGAGAAAGGGAAUGCUGAGAAACUGUACGAUACACUACCCAAGGAGCUAAUUGACGCUGCACGAAAUGAGGGUAAAGCUAUUAGGAAAAAGCAAGAGAUGCAUAAACAAUGUGAAGCCAACAGGGCUUAUGCACAUUAUAGGUGGUUGUAAACAAUGAUACAAAUAAAAUUAUUUAUUUAUCGUUAAUAAAUAUAUCAUUCAUAAUUACCAACAA